GUCCCCUGUUCUUUUUUUCUGUCAAGAAAAAAGUCCCCCCCCCUUCCUCUUUUCUUCGGAGGGCGGGAGAGUUUCAGAGCAGGAAAUAAAAUACAACAGUGCUGCUGUUAUUGCAAUGGGCACUGACUAGUCGAAAGGAAGCGAAGAAGACGUUGCUCUUUCUGCAAUCGGAGAAAAGAAGCUUCCUGUAAUUCAUCUGACUCCAUCGGCUCGGUUGCCUUUCACCGCCUCGCAAACCUCAAACUUUCACCCUGUCUGGCAGAGUCCAAGCUCGACAUAAAUGGUGGAGGCGAUAGUGGAGUUUGACUACAAGGCUCAACAUGAUGAUGAGCUGACAAUCACUGUAGGUGACAUCAUCACCAACAUCAGAAAGGAAGAUGGAGGUUGGUGGGAAGGACAGCUCAAAGGCAGAAGAGGUUUGUUCCCUGACAACUUUGUAAGAGAAAUAAAAAAAGAAGUGAAGAAAGAAAGUUCUGCCAGCAAAGCACCAGAGCUGUCUAUGCAUGAAGUUCCUAAUGGAAGUUCUUUACUAUUGUCUGAGACAAUUAUUAGAACCUCCAAAAAAGGUGAACGAAAUAGACGGCGACGAUGUCAGGUGGCUUUCAGUUAUAUGCCUCAAAAUGAAGAUGAACUGGAGUUGAAAGUUGGAGACAUCAUUGAGGUAGUGGGAGAAGUAGAAGAAGGUUGGUGGGAAGGAGUGCUAAAGGGGAAAACUGGCAUGUUCCCCUCUAAUUUCAUAAAGGAGCUGUCCAAUUCCGAUGAUGCUAGAGUUGUCCAUGAAGAGCACCUGAUAAAACCAAGUUUAAGAGAUACUACAGGCUCAGAAAGUGAUGGUGGUGACUCAAGUAGCACAAAAUCAGAAGGAGCUAAUGGAGCAGCAACAAUCCAACCCAAGAAAAUCAAGGGGAUUGGAUUUGGUGACAUUUUCAAGGACAAACCCAUAAAGCUACGUCCAAGGUCAAUAGAAGUAGAUAAUGAUUUUCUGCCAGUUGAAAAGACAGUUGGAAAAAGAAUGCCCACAGCUACAACAGUCCAGGAGACAACAAAAAUAGAAUUGGAUAGCAGAACAAAGAUGAAGGAGUAUUGCAAAGUUAUAUUUCCUUAUGAAGCACAGAAUGAAGAUGAAUUGACAAUCAAAGAAGGUGAUAUUGUUACUCUUGUCAAUAAGGAUUGCAUUGAUGCUGGCUGGUGGGAAGGAGAACUUAAUGGUAGAAGAGGAGUAUUCCCUGAUAACUUUGUAAAACUAUUACUUCCUGAUUUUGAAAAAGAGAGACCUAAAAAGCCUCCACCUCCUUCAGCUCCUUUCAAACAAGGAUCAGCUACUACAGACAGAAAGCAUGAAAUUAAAAAAGUUCCUCCUGAGAGGCCAGAAUGUCUUCCUCAUCGAAUAGAAGAAAAAGUUAGACUUUUUGUGAUAAAUGAGUAUAGAAUUCAACAGAGCUACCUUGAGGCUCUGUCUGCCUCCAUGAACAUUAGGAAUGAAAUUCCAAAAGUCGAUUUGGUGAGCUGUUCUUUGUCUAGCACCUUAGAAAAGGGAUUCACUGAAAAAAGCAAUGACAUUGAUUUGGAAGGGUUUGAUUCCAUAGUACCAGUUGCAGAGAAGCUCAGCCAUCCAACUACUACAAGACCAAAAGCUACUGGCAGAAGGCCUCCAUCACAGUCAUUUACAUCUUCUUCACUUUCUAGUCCUGAUUUUUUUGAUUCACCAAGUCCUGAAGAUGAGAAAGAAGAACAAGUUUCCCUACCACAUAAAGUAGUUGAGCCAUUAAAGAAAGCAAAGACUGUUACAAUUUCACUUGUGUCCGAUAACAAAGCUUCUUUGCCUACAAAGCCAGGAGGUUUAACAAGUGGAAGUGCUUUAUCUUCAUCCUUAUCUUCUUCAUCUGUACUUCAUCCGGCUUCAGUAGGAACCAUAGGUCACAGGUCAAAUUCCCCUUCUUUGUUCAGUACUGAGGGAAAGCUAAAGACUGAUCACUCAAGCGAAGGUGAAGCAGCUUUGGAAGAACUAAGGUUACAAGUUAAAGAGCUACGCACUAUCAUUGAAACAAUGAAAGACCAGCAGAAAAAAGAAAUUAAGCAAUUGCUGUCUGAAUUAGAUGAAGAAAAAAAGAUUCGGCUACGAUUACAGAUGGAAAUUAAUGAUAUAAAGAAAGCUCUUCAAUCAAAGUGAAUUCUGGAUGAAUGGAAUGUUGUAUUAAUUCACAGUGACAGAGACUUAUGCCCCAAACAAAAUAACUUUGUGCCAAAUGAUUAAAAGAUCUGCCUACAUUUCUUUGUUUGGACAACUAGCACAAGAAUUUAAUAGCACAACACAAAUUCCAGUGAAGAACAAAUUUUUUUAUGUGAUACACUUUCUUGAGAUGGCACUGGUUGUGACUGAAUUUUUUCUUAUUGUGCUAAAAUCUUCUCUGCUUCACGUUCACAGGCAAAUUGAAAACUCAGGCAGUUUAGUUCAUAGUGGUACUAUUUUAAUGAUAUUUUCCAUAAGUAAAUUGUUUAUCACUUUACAGGUUUCAUGAGUUUGACUUUUUAAAUUGUCUUUUGUCAUAGACUCUUAAAAUAUUUGUA